AUGUCCUCCUACCGUCGUCCAGACAAUCCGGAGAGGACUUUGUGGACCGAAUUCGACGAGAAGGAGGAUUGUGGCGUCACGUUUUCCAAGUUUGGUAUCGAAACGUGCGAGGAGAUGAUCACGAGGGAGGAAGAUUGCGACCGAUCAGCGGCCGAGAAAAGUCGUCGCUGUCGGACGGAAAGAAGAGUUGGCGCCAAAAAGUCAUCGAAAGAAGAAGAAAAAGGAAAAGACACGCUUCCACCCUUUGAAACAACACCAAAAACAAUCAAUACGAAUAAUAUCUCCCCGGAAAGGAUCGCAGAGAAGGAAGAAGAAGAAGAAGUGAAAGAAGGAAAAGAAAAAGCGACGAGAAGAGCAUCGGUGUUGUGCAAGCACGAGCGAGGGAAGAAGAGUCCAUCGUCGGUGUUUAUAUCCACGUCCUCGUCGUUGUCCUCGUCGUUCGAGGAUGGAAAAGAAGAGGGAGAGGAAGAGGAGGAAAAAAACAACCAACAACAGGAAGGAAGAGUCGCUGACUCGACAAAUAUUUUUUCCGAAGAGGCAGAGAAGAAAAUAUCUGCAGCCUCCUCUUCCUCCUCUCCAUUUUCAGCAACGGGAGGCCAAAAAAUUAAUAGGAACAAAAAUAGGACUUUUCGCGAGGAAGAAGAAGAAGAAAAUGAGCACACGAUGAAAGAAGAUAAACAGUCUGGAUUCGACGUCGAGAAGGAAAAAGAGCGCGAGUUGCGACGGCAGAAUGUCCUCGAACGCGUGCAACGAGUGGCUGAAAUCUUAGCGCUCACUCCGACAACAACACCAAAAAAAGAAGGAAGUACAGAACGAGAAGGAAGAGAAGAAGCAAACGAGGAUACUUUUGCGGUAAAUAAGAAACAAGAACGCGUGGCGUUAUCUUUGAUCGAUGAGGAAGAUGGUGAAACCGAGUUAUACUCGAAAGUAGCCGCGUUACGUCUCCAACUUCGCCGGUAUAAAGAACUCGCCAGCACGGCGCAAAAACGAAACGAGGGAUGGGAAACUGAACGCUUUGAACUUACGAAGGAAACGAAUGAAUUAAAGAUUGAACGAUUCAAAUUGAAGAGCUGUUUGGAUGUGCUCAGCGCUCAGCAGCAAGUGCAAGAGUACGUUGAAUCUUCGUCCUCGAACAGAGACGAGGAGGAAGAGGAGGAGCAAGCAGAAGAGAAUAGUAGAGCGAGCGAAAAGAAGAGGAGAGCGAAAGUAGUAUCUGAGGUGCUCGAGAAAGCGACGUUAGAGAUGGAGAAUGCAGCAAAAGCGAAUGUUGCCGCAGAUAAUCGAUCUGUGCAGGCAAUGCGAGAAGCGCAACGGCUCGAAGAUGAACUCGUAGCGCACAAAGAAGCAUCUCGAGAAGAAAAUGAAGCGCUCAUGAUUGAAGCCAGUCGGUCGCGAAUCCGAGCGAGAGAGUUUAAGCGCGAACUCGAAGAGUCCAAGGAAAACUUCACAUUAGUCGAAAAGGAAAUGAGAGCGGCGCUUGCGAAAACGAUAGAAGAACACGAAAAGGUAAUGGACGAAAAGGAUAAGAGAACGCACACUCUACGCCUGAGGCUUGAGGAAAUAGAGAAACGCAACACGUUUUUGGAAAGUAAAAACGAGGAACUCGAAACUGCGUUGGAAAGCGACGCUGGUGCAUAUUACGGUGCGCAACUUAGAAAAGUGCGGGAGGCGCACGAAGAGAUGCUAUCGAGAGAACAAGUAAAGUUGGAGAGAGUACAAGAAGAGCUCCGCAUCGAAAAGGAAAAAGCGGCCAAAAAUAAAAGCGAGUUUGAGAACGUCAAACGUGCGCUCAAGUCUCGAACAUCUGAGAAUGAAAAAGACAAUAUCGCGGCGUGGUCGAAUGCCCUCGGAUUAAACGAUAUGGAUGAUAAUAAUAACAUGAUUUCAUCGCUAUCAUCUCCAUCUUCUCCGUCUUCUCCAGUAUCUUCGGCUACAUCUUCUGAUUCAGCGGCGGCGGCAUCUGCGACCAAGAGACUCCAAAUGAAGCAACAACGCAUCGAGAUGCAAGACUCACUUUUGCGCAUGGCUAAGGAUGAAAUCGAAGAAUUGAGGGAUAUCAAUAGGCGACUUCUCGAACGUCAAACGAGUCGAUGUAAUAGCUCGGCGUCUCUGUAUCGUUCGGACUCUGCGCAGGGGAUUCCGACUGUUCCGUCGUCUCGCGCCUCGAGUCGUCCCUUGUCUCGAACGAGCAGCAGAAAUAAUAAUAAUUUCAAUGCUUUCGAUGAUCACCAAAUCCCAGAAGACGACGAGUUGUCUUUAGAAGCGCGCGAGUUCUUGAAUUCUCCGUAUUAUUGCGGAGUAUCGCCACAUAGGAAGAAAAGAGUCUCGGGUGAGAAACUUCGCAAGACUGAUUCCUCGGUUUCGCUCAGUUUGCGUGAGACGGCAAACGACGACGUGAACCUCGCACCUCUUGGUUCAUGGGCAAGCUUUGAAGCUGCAGCGGCAUCUCCAAAAAGCGACGAUCACACGGACGACGGAGACAUCUUAUCUCUGACGAAUACCACGAAUGCAACUUCUGAAGAAGAAGAAGAAGAAGAAAGAGAAGAAAGAGACGCGGAGCUUUUACACAACUCUAGGAAACUCCAAGCGUUUUUUGAAAAGAGAGCCGCUGCGCUGUCUCGCAGCUCGAGCGCUUCUUCUCGCUUGACCGAGCAUCGAGGUUAUAGCGCGAGCAAAGCUUUGGAAAUGAGCAUCAAAGAAGGUGAAGCGGUAAUGCGCUCCGUGAAUGUGCGCGCGUCAAAGCACUUUUCGAGACCAACUGGGAGCAAAGGAGCCUCUGAUCGAUAUUACGACGAGAAUGGCGAGUGA